GUCAGUUUCCACUCUCUCGCAUCUGGGGCCUUGGAUGCAGUGCUCAAGCCGAUCAUGUUGGUAGGGCUAAGUGCUUUUCCGAAAUAUCGGUACGAGAUUUGGUAAUGUGUAAGGUUUGACAUGAUAAUAUUCCUUCUACGACUGCCACCAAACCAGCGUUGACCAUCUAUCAAUUUAUCAUCACCCCUCCAACACCGUUACCCCUCCUCAAAUCCACGCAAUGGCCGAAUCCAUCCUCCUCAUCAACGGUCCAAACCUCAAUCUGCUCGGAACGCGAGAACCUUCCAUUUACGGGAGUACCACUCUUCCUCAAGUCGUCGACACAGCGUCAGAGCAAUGCGCUCGCCACUCCAUUACUUUCGCUCACAUCCAAUCGAACCACGAAGGCGUUUUACUCGACCGCAUACACGAAGCACGAGGCAAAGUUGAUGCCAUAGUCAUCAAUCCGGGUGCAUUCACGCAUACUAGUGUCGCGCUGAGGGACGCCUUGGUGGGCGUGGACAUACCGUUUAUCGAGGUGCAUAUCAGCAAUGUUCACAAGCGGGAGCCGUUUCGACAUCACAGUUAUUUGAGCGAUAAGGCUGAAGCGGUCAUUUGCGGGUUGGGGACAUUUGGGUACGAGGCGGCGAUUGAUUAUGCCAGGAGGUAUAUCAAACCGAACAAAAAAGCGAGCUCGUAGAAGAAAAGAAAAAGAACUAGUAGCCACAACUACGUAAAUAUAAGCUAGAGUUGUUGAAACACCCAAUUAUACAAUAACAGCUAUACGCCAGCAAUUGCCCGCCUAGAGACUAGUAUGUUGCUGGGUGAACAUCCUCUGAGG